GAAGACCAUUUAAUGUGACACAAAUCCACAGCACGGAUUGAGUUAAAGCUCAUUUCCUUUUCUUACUCAGCAGUACAUUGGCAGCUUAAUAAAAACUGGAUGGAAAAUUUUCCUGCUCACAUGUACCUCAGAUCCCAGCCUAGCAGACAGCACUCUCUUCUCUCACCAGCCACCAUGAUGCAAAUAAGGAUUUUAAUUUUCACAUCUGUUCUGCUCCCAUGGAUACUGUGUUCGGCUGCGAAGGAUGAAUACAUGGAAGCGAGAAAAGUCAGGAGAAAUACAAAUAUGAUACCAACACCCAUCCCGAAAACUGACGAGUUGCCAACAUGUCUAAUGUGCGUCUGCCUGAGCGGAUCCGUUUACUGUGAGGAUGUGUCCCCCGACAUGUCAGCAGUCCCAACGCUGCCUAAGGAAACGGCAUAUCUCUAUGCACGUUUCAACAAAAUCAAAAAGAUAAGAAACAAUGACUUCGCAGAGACGGAAACUUUGAGAAGAAUCGACCUGACUGGGAAUCUCAUCUCCGAGAUAGAAGAUGGAGCUUUUUCGAAACUUUCCAAUCUGGAGGAGCUCACUCUUGCAGAGAACAGGCUGACUAAACUUCCGAUGCUGCCCAACAAGCUGGUUUCUUUCAAUGCCAACUUUAACAAGCUUAAAACCCAGGGUGUUAAGUCCACUGCUUUUAAAAAGCUCACCAAACUGGCCUACCUUUACCUCGGAAACAACGAGCUGACGGCGGUGCCCCAACUCCCAGAGUCUCUACAAGUUGUGCACCUGCAUAACAACAAGAUUUCAAAAAUAACAGAUGAGACGUUCUGCAAAGGGAACACCAGCCACUACAUCCGGACCAACAUGGGUGAGGUGAGACUGGACGGGAACCCCGUCAAGCUGUCGCAGUACCCCAACAGCUUCAUCUGUCUGGAGUAUCUCCCUAUUGGCUGGUACUACUGAACUACGAAAAAACAAACAAAAAAAAAACAUGCUCUUGGCUGAAGUAAGUUUGGUUAGUUUCACAGGAAUUGUUUGGUUUCGUCAUUGAGUACACAGAAAAAUGAUAAUACAUGAAGCAGAUUAAAGUUCUUAAGCAACAUUUUAUAUAAUCAUCUACCUUCACAGUUAAAAAAGUUAACAGCAGUAAUCAUAUAACAGGAAGAUCUCACUAAAAACACUUUUAUUUCACGUUGUUUGUUUCCUCACAUCAAUAUCUCCCUCUAUGUAACACAUCUGUGCAAAAACCUCCAAACUGUCUAUAAAUACAUAUAAGUUUUGUCAUUUCUUUCAUUAUAAUACGGCUGUGAUGGUGCUUUGCAAUGUUUUUCUUUUAUAUAAUUCAGCAACACAAACUUGUUGUCAAAUCAAUAGGGAGACUUUUAACAUGGUUUUCACGAACAAAAUUAAACCUUUGUUGCGUUUAUUUUAACCCUCGAUCUCACAUGAGUUGUGUUAUCACUGCUGCGCUGCUGAUGCUUCUUUAACCGAAGACGGUUGAAAUAAUAAAAACCUGCAUGCUGGAAGUGA